AUGAUGAUCACUCUUGUUAACGUUUCAUCACUUGUUGUGCGUUCACAACGACAACAAGAACAAGAUCAAUUGGAAUUAUUAGUAGCAGCAAAAGAAGUGGCAGUAGACAGGCCUCGAGCAGAUCAUUCUGAGCAGCAACAGCAACAACAACAACAACAACAACAAUCCAAGUCUUGUUCUUGUGAAACAUUACCAAUUCUAGAAAGUAGGAGUAAUAACAAGAUGAGACAACGACAGAGACGGACGUUAUACAGUCCAUGGCUUGUACUUGUGGCAUGUCUUGCACUUCUACUGAUAUUACAACCAUCAGUGAACGCACAAGAAUCGCAAUCGCGUCAAGUACACAAGUACGCAUUGCCUGCGUUUAGUAUGGUCCUGCGGGUGAGUGUCGACCGCGACGAAGAUGACGGCGACGACGACGAAGUGUACUUGGAUUUGGAAAUCUUUCAAGAGACAUUGGAGCAUGUGACGCAGUUCCACUUGACGGACAUUUUUCAACAACACACUCAUCAGCACGAUGACUCUUUUCAGCAAGAACAAUUCAUUCGCGUACAAUUGUCAUCCAAAGUGCGACAAGAAAUCGUACAGGAUGGCGCACCCGUCAAUCGAGAACACGUUCCGUUACACGCGGGGUUUAAUGGCAUUGUCAGUUACUCCUUUCCCAGUGAUGCCGUUCCUCCGACGGGGCGUGUGGAACAAGCCAUUUCCAAUGUGCUGGAAGAUGCGUUGGUGGCGGAAAACUAUCUCUUGCUCUUUCGUCGAUACUUGAGUUCCGGUGCUCUGUCAUCCAUUGAAGAUGUCUAUCAAAUUGCCAUUGGCACACAACAGUUGACGGUACUCGAAACAAACACCAACAAACCACUCAUUCCUAAUGACACGCCCUCGACAGCAGCAGCAGCAGCGCAACAAAACAAUGCCAACAAGAAGAAACAACUAAAUGCCGUCACCAUUGUGGCCAUUGUCAUUUUCUUGACGCUCUCUUGUCUACUCAUGCUCUUUGGAGCCACGGUAGUGCUCCUCAUGAAGGACCGCGCCAAACAAGAACGAUCGCUCAAUGGACAAACCAUGACCAGUAUUGGAAUGGGAACCAAAAAGAACGGCAACAAUGAUGAUGAAGAGGACGACAAUGACGAUCAGGAGGAACGCUUGGAAGACGACGAACGCACCACCGACACUUCCGAGGCACCCGCAUGGAAACGAGCCAUACUACCCGUCCUCCGCAAGGCCAUUAUGGUACGGCGGUACUGGAAAAAACACGUUCGGAGACAACGCAAGGCACGAAAACACGAUCCCAAUCUGGGCGGUGGUGGAACCAGCAGCGACGACUCGUCCAAUGCCAGUGGUGGUGCGGAAGACGAUGGUCUCAAUGACGAAGAUGUGUACUAUGAUGAAAAUCUGACCGAUGAAGAAGCUGCCAAUCAAUGGCUCGAUGCCUGGCAAGCAUCCAUUACCAGCAUUCCACUGCGGUCGGUACGACCGAACACGAUGGAUAGCAAUAGCAAAUCGCCCAGCAAGAAACACGUCAAGAAGAAAAAGGCCAGCAAGAUGCCACUCGCACCCAGACCGGCCACACGACAAUCCAAAAACACGUUUCUUUGCUGCAUUGCCGAAGAGGAUUCCGUCGUCGAUGGAGCGUCCGUCUGUAAUAUGGGAGACCUCGAAUUGGGCAAUGAUGAUAGUCUGCGCAGUACAUCGUCGCGCAAACGGCCGCCGCUGGAAUUGGAUCGCAUUCAAGAAUUGACGUCGGUCGUCAUGGAAGACGCAGCGACGCCCUAUGGGACAUCGGUACGAAAAAAGAAACCACUGCCCCUUGUGGCCACCAGUAGCAGCACCAAUGAAGACAGCGUGUCGUCUCCAAUGGCAAUGUCUCCAAUGGCAAUGUCGCCCAUGGCGGCGUCUCCCAUGGCAGUGUCUCCCACCACACUGCUGCAACAACCGGAGCAGCUGUCCGACAUUCAAGAUGUAGACCUAUCCUAG